AUGGUGAAGGAGAAGGCCACCGACGGCGGAAAGGACAGCGGCGUCAAGGAGGUCCGCUACCGCGGCGUAAGGAAGCGGCCGUGGGGGCGCUACGCCGCCGAGAUCCGCGACCCGGGGAAGAAGAGCCGCGUAUGGCUCGGCACCUUCGACACCGCCGAGGAGGCGGCGCGUGCGUACGACGCCGCCGCACGUGGGUUCCGCGGCCCCAAGGCCAAGACCAACUUCCCCCUGCCUCUCACUCUGCCCUCCGCCGCAGCGUACAGCCCCAGCCAGAGCAGCACCGUUGAGUCAUCCAGCGGGGACCUCACCCAGCGCGGUAACCUCGUGGAGCUCGAUCUCACGCGCCGCCUCGGCGCCGCGGCGGAGCGCGGGCCGAGCUCCGUCCCCGGAUGGCGGCCGAUUUUCCUGUUCGACGCGAUGGCGCAGCAGCGGACGGCGGCGGCGAGUUUCGGGUUCUUCCCCCACGGCGGCGUGCGGUGGAGCGAGUCGGACACCUCGUCGGUGGUGGAUGAGAACCAUGUCGACGGAUCUGAUGUUAAGAAAGGGCUGAAUCUCGAUCUGAACAUGCCGCCGCCGGUCGAAGCUUGA